GCUGAGGAAAUCGAGCUUGCUUGCUACCUGACCCAGAUCUGCAGAAACCGCACCAACGGCCUGGACGAAAUAACUUCACGCCGAAAGCAACCAAGCUCUUUCAGUCAGCCAAGCAAACAAGCGCGUGCCGCACCCCGUUGCCAGCCAUGACGGACGCCACAUCAAGCAGCUCCAAACCCGAGCACCUUGCGCCAUCCAAACUUGGCACCAAGGAAUAGUCAGUGCCCGUCGCAUCCGACGGACAAGGGGGGUGGGGAGGAGAGCCGUCGAGCAGGAGCCCGCGCGCUAACCGACUCUGGCCAUCCUUGCUGCCUGGGAACGGGAGGCACCGAAACCAACAGGACUUUCUCGUCGCAUUAGUUGGGACGCGCUCUACAGCACCGAGAUCACCAACCACGCCUCCAACCCGGCCGACAUCGGCACCGUGUGGUUCGACGACUCGGACGCCGAGGCCAAGAUGGUGACGUUCCUGGGCCGGCAGGCGACGUCGGCGGCGGCGACAGUGACGGCCGACGCGCGCCUCGACCGGGCCACGACGUCGUUCCUGGACCUCGGCACCGGCAACGGCAGCCUCCUGCACGCCCUGCGCCGCGCCGGCUGGGCCGGGCCCUGCCUGGGCGUCGACUACAGCGCCGCCGCAGUGGCGCUGGCGCAGCAGAUCGCUGCGACCGGACCGGAGCAGCGCGACGACGAUGACGAAGACGAAGAUGACGAAGACGACGGCGCGGCGGCAAGAGAAAAGUUCCCGCCGAGCACCAACCCGGUCGAGUUCGCGCAGUGGGACGUGCUGGGCGGCGCCCUCGACGGCGGCGGCGCCGCGCGCGCGGGCUCGUGGGACGUGGUGCUGGACAAGGGCACCUUCGACGCCGUCUGCCUGAGCGCCGACGUGGACGCCGCCACAGGCCGCCGCCGCAGCGAGCGCUACCGCGCCCGCGCCCUGCGCCUGCUCCGGCCCGGCCCCGGCGGCCUCUUCCUCGUCACGAGCUGCAACUGGACCGACGCCGAGCUGCGCGCCUGGUUCGAGGGCGGCGGCGGGGAUGGCGACGGGGAUGGCGGUGGUGAUGAUGAUGUGGAUGGUCAUGUUGUCGACGGCCGCUUCGAGUUCGCCGGCCGCGUCGAGUACCCGUCCUUUAGCUUCGGCGGCGCCAAGGGCCAGACCAUCAGCACCGUGUGUUUUGUCAAGACGGCCGCUGUCGUCUCGUGACCUCAGAUGUAUGCGUGUGUGAUUUGGGAGAGAGAGGAGGGGGGGGUUCUUCCUUUGAAGCGUGCCUAUCUCAACUCGUCCCAUUCAUUGUUCUUCCCACAAAGCGGCCAGGCCAGGUUUUAUCCCCGCACCCUGGAGGGUGUGCAUGCACGCACGGAUAGCUCCUGUUCUCUACCUAGGCACAUAUGGGGACCCAGAGCGUCCGCGGCACUGCGGUGUGCCCCGAACCCCAUAUAGUUCGAGAUAUCUGCGAUGCAUGGACGAAUAUGCUCUGCUCCGAUGGGGCUUUCUUGCACCGACAUCAUCCUGAGCUGACAUGAAAAGAUUUAUCAAUGCCCGAAUUAUAUUAUCAUGCCUCGUGAACCCUUCUUGUCUUGAUGCGGG